AUGGCCAGCGAAGCCGCCCAGCCCGUGGCUGCGCUUUGCAUCACUGCCCUCCUCGGUCAUUCCCAUGCUUCAAACGAUCCAGAUCCGGCUACAACGGCUCGGCAUAACGUGGCUGUCUACGGCGCUACUCAAUCAACCGCGUUUUUCCUCGCUGGUCUCUUCAACUUUUUGCUCACCGUUACCUUGGCCCAACUUUCCAAAGCCAUUGGGGCGCGUUCAUGGUCCACUGUCCCAAUGCGACUAAGGGUCGCCCUGGGCAUGGCGCUCUUGACGUCUGCCAUGUCUUGGGCUAUCAUGUAUGGCCUGCGUAGUCCGCUGCUGCAACUCUUUGGCCUGUCAAAGGACCUUAUUCAGUCAUCGCGCGCCUUUUAUGAUUGGCGUGCGCAUGGCUUGGUUCUACUGUUCUUGACCCGGCUGACCACGGGCAUCUUGACAGCCAGCAAAGCCGUAUGGACGGUGGCCCUCAUUAAUUUGAUUGGCGCUGGCCUGGACGUGGGCGGACAUGCUCUGUUCCUGCACACUGCAAGCUACUGUCUAGGCAUGGCGGCAGGCCAACUGGAUUUGGCCGCUUUGGCUGCUCAUCAGAUCAUUUCACAACUUUGGAAUUGCACGAGCUACAUUUGCGAUGGGUUUGCAGACGUGGGCACAAUUCUUGGUGCCCGCUGCUUCGGCUCCAACGACAUGACCAGUCUCCGCAGUCUUGCCACGCAACUUCUCUGCCUUGGCUUUGGCAUUGGUACCACCGUGCUGGUGAUUCUCUGUGCUGCUCGUGCGCCCAUCCAAGAACUCUUCACCAGUGAUGAAGAAACACUGGCACGCCUGCGCUCAACCUGGUGGCUUCUUGCUGGCAUGCAGCCCAUCAACUCUCUGGUGUUUGUGUUUGACGGUAUCCUGUACGCCGUGCAGGCCUUUGCUUAUAAACGUAACAUUGUGGCCGCGGGCGGCUUUCUUUUCUAUCUUCCCCUUAUUCUGCUUGCCUACUUCCAAUGGCAUGGUCUCUUCUUCGUCUGGCUGGCUUAUGCCGCACUGACUCUUUGCCGCUUUGCCGGUGCCAUUUGGAAGUUUGUUGUCUUACUGCGAGCCGAGUCAGCGUUCGACAUGUAA